AAGACUCGCAACUCGGAAACCGUGUGAAUAUAAAUAGUUUACUUCACUCUUAAACCCAUACGAUUAACAUCAGUAAGCAAUGUCAGUAGAAAGAAAAUCAGCAAUCCCUGUCGUUCUCGGAUGUAUGCAAUUUGGAGAGCCAGAAUCAGCUACUCACGUCAGAGUUACUGAUUUAGAUAAAGUUGGACAAUUCAUUGAUUUGUUCGGAAAAUAUGGACACACUGAGCUCGACACUGCUAGAGUAUACGGUAAAGGUACAUCAGAAGAAUAUCUCGGUAAACUGAAUGUAGAAAAGAAAGGAUAUCAAGUUUCAUCAAAGCUUUAUCCAUAUAGCGCUGCUAAAAUGGGUGCAAUGUUGAAUCUAGGACCUGAUAACAUUCCGCUCACUCGUAGUAACAUUGCAAAGCACAUUGAUAUCGCCUUGAAGAACACAGGUGUAUCUAAACUCAAAAUAUUCUAUUUACAUGGUCCAGAGAGAUUUGAAGAUGGUACCCGUACACCUGUUGAAGAAACUCUCAAAGCUCUUGAUGAGCAAUACAAGCUUGGAAAGUUCGAGACACUCGGUGUCAGUAACUUUAUGUCUCAUGAAGUCGCUGAAUUGGUAGUAACAGCUAGAUUAAAUGGAUGGAUUCAACCUAAAGUAUAUCAAGGAAACUACAGUCUGGCACAACGUAUCACGGAACCUGAGCUAUUCCCUUGUUUGCGCAAGUAUGGUAUGAGCUUCUAUGCAUUCUCACCAGUCGCUGGUGGUAUUCUUACAGGUAGAGUACGCAAGGAUACUCAAUUCGAAAAGGGCAGUCGAUACGAUGACAGCCAUGCACAAGGACAGAUGUUUAGAAAGCGUUUCUUCAACGACAAUGUCUUCAAAGCUUUGGACGAGAUCGAUGCAAUUGGCAAAAAAUACAACUUGACAACAAUUGAGAUCGCAUUGAGGUGGAUUGCUCACCACUCUCAACUCAAGGCCGAACAUGGCGAUGCUGUCAUUAUCGGUGCUUCAAAACUUGAGCAACUCGAGGAGAACCUUAAUGCAUUAAAUGGCGCAGCACUCCCAGAAGAGGUAGUCUCAGUUGUAGAUGCUCUUUGGGAAGUCAUCAAGCCUACUGCUUCACCAUAUUGGCACUAAGAUAACUUCUUGUUCAAGUGUAUGCAUUUAUUUCAGAUGAACAAUAUAUAAAUCGGUUAGAUACGGAAUAUAGAGGGAACCGUCAUCCUGGUUGAUCCAGUCAACAUCUGGUUGCUUAGAGAUAGAGUCGACGAUAUCCUUCAACAAAGCUUCCUUCUCAUCAGCUGGUAGGACGUUGAUAAAACUCUUAGUAGCUUGCCUGUCACGGUAUCCUUGCAAGGUGAUUGGAACGUGACGCGUGUACUUGUUGUAAUCCGUGCCUCUGAAAAAGGAUUUGUAGGCAUCAGUGUCAAACAUUGCUUUCCAUUUACCGAGACGAUAUUGUGGGGUACCUUCAUCGUAACGUUCAUAAAUAUCUCUAGCAAUGCCAACCCAGUUUUUACAAUCUCUAUCCUCCAUGUUCCAGGUAAGUGCGAGCUUCCCUUGAGGUUUGAGAACACGUGCUAUCUCACUCAGGGACUUUUGAUAGUCAGUACACCAGUGGUAUGCUUGAGCGAUAAUAACGAGAUCAUAGGAAUUGUCUUCAGCGUCAAUUGACUCGAACGUACCCUCUACAACGGCUACAUCGCGUCCUUGCACUAAAUCCUCGGUCAAGCUACCCCUACAUGUCUCACGCAUGCCCUGGCUUGGUUCCGCAGCUAUAAGUUUCUUUAUUUCAUUGGUUGUGCUUCCUAGCAACGCUCUAGUGAAAAUACCAGUACCGCUACCAAUUUCUAGUAUAGUAGAUGGUUGACUUUGUUUUGGAAUAUUAUCGACGAUCUCCUUUACAGCCUCUUCUGCAUAUCUUGGUCUAUGCGUGUCGUAGUCAUUGCUAUUCAAACCAAAUCCUUUUUUAGCGGUGUUGUGAACGUGGCUCAUGUUACCUCGUAGUUGUUUAAAAGGAGCUAGAAAAUUUGGUACCUUUUUAAACGAU